GAAACCAGAUACGGAGGAAGCGGAGGCCGUGGAGGUUACAGUGGCGGUGGGCGUGGAGGAGGCGGCAGUCGAGGCGGAAGCAGUGGCCGAGGCGGUGGGUAUGAAAGUCGCGGAGGUUACGAAAGCCGAGGCGGUAGUGGUGGGUAUGGUGGUGGCGGAUAUGGAGGAAGUCGUGGUGGCGGAGGAGGAAGAGGAGGAGGUGGUGGUGGAGGGGCCAGCAAUCCUGGUGGCCGACUCCGCGACAUCGAUUGGAGCAAAGAGAAUCUGAAGCCAAUACAAAAAGACUUCUACCAUGAAAAUGCAUCAGUAACUCGUAGGGAUCAGUAUUUGAUCGACCAGUGGAUCUCAGAGAAUCAAGUCACUUUGGAUGGUCGCGGCAUUCCAAGACCCAUCUUCGAGUUCAACGAAGCAUCUUUCCCAAAUGAGCUUAUUGAUUUGCUUUAUGCAAAAUUCCAAAAGCCCACUGUGAUACAAUCAAUUUCGUGGCCGAUUGCAAUGAGUGGUCGAGACAUCAUCUCAAUCGCUAAAACUGGAUCAGGGAAAACACUGGCGUUCAUGCUGCCUGGAAUUGUACAUACCACUAAGCAACAACCUAGAGGACGAUAUGAUGGUCCUUCAGUACUGGUACUUCUACCUACUAGGGAAUUGGCACAACAAGUGCAGGAGGUCUCUAUCGAUUUCUGUAAUCACCUUGGCCUGAAAAUGGCAUGUUUGUUUGGUGGAGCAUCGAAGGGACCGCAAGCUCGUGACCUCGAACGAGGUGUAGACAUCGUAGUUGCCACA